AUGCCUCUUCCGCAGUCCUCUCGGCGGAUGACCGCAAAUCCACUCAAGCCGGUCAAUCGACACAGAGUAGGAAAGCCCUUGGUAGAAUCUCCCGAAUCAGAUGAAGAGGAAGACGAUAUCGAAGAACAAGAAGAACAAAAACGGCUAGAGGCCGAGGCCCAAGCCCAGCGCCGACGACAGCAGCAACAACAACAAGCGAGACAACGUUCCGCGGCGGCACCGAAACCCGAAAAACAGCAGGAUGAUGAUGAGGAUGGUUUCGUGACUGAAGAAGAGGACGAAGAUGAAGACGGCUCUGUUGUCGCGCCGGGUCAGGCAGGACUUGAACCAAAUACUCUGUCGGAAGCUGUACCACAAUCAGAGUCGGAAGAAGAAUCAGAGGAGGAAAGCUCGGAAGAAGAGAGCAGCUCGGAAGAUGAAGCGCCCCGGGUCCUACUACGGCCUACAUUCAUUAAGAAGGACAAGCGCGAUGCAAUCAAAAGCCAAUCUCAAACGGGCGUGGCCGACUCGGCCGCAGAAAACGACGCCCGAUACGAACAACGACAAGAACAGGUCGAUCAGCUGAUCCGAGACGAGCUAGAGAAAAACGCGAUUGCCCAUUCAGCAGCUAAAAAAGCAUGGGACGACGAUGAAGAGAUCGGCGAGAAUGAAGAAGCCAUUGACGACACGGACGGCAAAGACCCCGAAGCGGAAUACGCAGCAUGGAAGCUCCGAGAACUGAAGCGAGUGCAGCGGUCACGGGCUGUGUUCGAAGAAGCCGAAAAAGAGAGAGCGGAGAAGGAGCGGCGCCAAAAUCUCACAGCGGCAGAACGAGAGCGCGAAGACAGCGAUUUCGUCGCCAAGCAGAGGGAAGAGCGCGAUGCAUCACGCGGUCAGACGGGAUAUAUGCAAAAAUAUUUCCACAAGGGUGCUUUCUUCCGCGACACUCAGGAGAGCGAGGGGCUGGAUCAGCGGACUCUCAUGGGCCGUGCAUUUGUGGACGAUGUCGCGCGCGAGAAUUUGCCUCAGUAUAUGCAGAUUCGCGACAUGACCAAGCUGGGAAAGAAGGGUCGUACGCGUUAUCGUGAUCUGAGGAGUGAGGAUACAGGGACUUUCGGAAGCGGACUUGUUGACAAUCGUCGGCGACGCGACGGCGAUGCCCCUGUCGGUAUUUCUGAUGAUCGGUUUAAGCCUGAUUAUCAUGGCGAUGGCCGCGGUCAGGGAUCUGGGCCCACUGGCGCGAAUGCCAGUGUUGUUCGACGGCGACGAUCGAAAUCGAGGUCUAGAUCUAGAUCUCCGCGACGAAAGCGCAGUCCGUCACCAUAUGAAGAUCGGGACAAACGGCGACGAGUGGAGGAGCGUUCAUGA